AUGGACGACCAAGCCGUCGCAAGUGCAAUAAAUGAUUUUUGCGAGCUCCCAAAGCCAGCUGGGUCAAGUGGGACAGCUCAAGUAUCUAGCCUAGCGAAGCGGCAUGAUCAAGGCGAGCUACUGGAAAGAGACACAGCAGAAAACCCUCUGCCCAAUGAAGAACCAAAACCUGCAAAAGAGUUAAAACCCCUUCCCGCACAUCUAAAGUAUGCCUACCUGGGUGAAGAUGAAACCAAGCCUAUCAUCAUCAACAAUCAAUUAACCCAGGGGCAGGAAGACAGAUUGCUGGAAGUAUUAAGAAGGAAUCAGAGGGCCAUCGGCUGGAAGCUGACAGAUUUGUUGGUAGGGAAGCAGUACUUCAGUUUCGUGGAUGGUUAUAGUGGCUAUUUCCAGAUUGCUGUGAAUCCAGAAGACCAGGAGAAGACGACGUUCACCUGCCCUUUUGGCACUUACGCUUACAGGAGAAUGCCUUUUGGCCUCUGUAACGCCCCGGGCACCUUACAGAGAUGCAUGAUGAGCAUUUUCUCAGACCUAUUGGAGGACUGCAUUGAGAUUUUCAUGGACGAUUUUACUGUCUAUGGGGAUGAUUUUGAUCAAGGGCUGCAUAGUCUGAACAGGGUAUUGGAAAGAUGCCGCCAGAAGGACUUGGUUCUGAAUUUCGAGAAAUGCCAUUUUAUGGUUACCGAAGGAAUAGUCUUGGGCCACAUAGUGUCAAGCAGAGGGAUCGAGGUCGACUUCCAUAUCCUACCAACCAGAAGGAGAUCAGAGCCUUUCUGGGGCACGCUGGGUUCUAUAGACGAUUCAUAA